AUGCCAUCUUUUGUCCCUGACCUCUCACCAAAAGACCUUGUCCAGUAUUUUAGUGACAUUGACAUUGAUUUAAGACAAUCAGAUAUUUUAAAACCAACCAAUAGUUUUAUUUUGCGUCUCUAUGAAAAUCUUUUAAUUUAUUUUUGUAAUGUUGAAUUAGAUUGUAAUUUAGAGGAGUCAUUGUAUCAAAUGAUAAUAUAUAAGCGUAUAUAUUCAUUUUUAACAAAAAUUGGUAUUUCUGAUUUUAAUAUAAAAGAUUUAUCAUGCGAUUCUAGAAGACUUAUUAGUAUUCUUUCUUAUGUUGUUAAUUAUUCAAUGUAUCGGGAUACAAAAAAAGGUAUUUUUAAUAAAAUUAAGAGCAUAAAUGACGAAAAGAAUAUUUUAAAAAAAGAUAUUGAAACAAAAAUUAGAAGUAAAGAAAAAGAAAUUAACCAAUUAAAAGUAAAUCUAAAUACUCAAAGUAAUAAUAAAAAUUUACUUGAAGCAGAAAUACUUGAUUUAGAUAAUGAACUUAAAGAGAUUAUUAAAGUACAAAGAGGACUUGUAACCGAUACUGAAAGGUUAAAACAAGAUCGUGAUGAAUUAAAUGACAAACUAAGCUCGUAUCAAUUAAUGAUAAUGAAUCUUAGACAAGAAAUUGAAUGUUUAAAAACACAAGUAGUCAGUGAUCCUGCUAAAUUAGUUUCGCUAUUAAAAGAAAUGAAAGAGUUACUAAAUAAAGAAGUGUUAUCUCUUAAUUCACUUAAAGUUGAGAAAGAAAAUCUUAAUAAUCGAAUUAAUGAGCUAUUAAAAUCAAAAGAAGAUUUAAAGUACCUUAUUGAAAAAAGUAUGACACUUAAGAAUGUUUCUAAUAAGCUAGAAGAAAUUGAAUCAUUUAUUUCUGCUACAGACAUUUUGAUACAAAAUAUUGAAAGUACAAUUAAUGCUAGUAAAAUCAGACUUAAUUAUAUUAAUAGGCAGAUUAGCCAUAUUGAGACAAAAAUUUUUAAUUUACAAGAAAAUGAUAAAAAAUGUACAGAAGAAAUAUACAGUAAAAUGGAUAAGUUAAAAGGAGAUUAUAAGACCAUCUCACAGAAAAGAAAUACUACACAGGAUCUUAUUGAUGCAAAUAUUAAAAAUUGUAAGAAUUUAGAAUAUGAAAUAAUUAAGGUUAAAAAUGAACAUGAAUGUUAUGUGAAUGACAUAAUUAAUUUGUUGAAUAAUAUUAAAGAUAAUCAAGCAUUAUAUUUUAACAAUAUUAAGCGAAAUUUAUAA